AUGCAAGAUGAUGAUAUUGUUGCCUCAGUCACAGAUGACGAAAACCGAGUUGAGUCAGAUUUCAUAUUAAUAAUAAGAAAAACAUCACCAACUAAAAAAACCUUAAGAUCCUUAAUUAAGAUUUAUUUAAGUGAAUCUACUAUACAUGGUGUCAGUUAUGUUGCUAAUGAAAAUAUAACUGGAUACAAAAGGAAAAUUUGGAUUAUAAUAUUGUGUUUCGCACUCAUCGGUACUAUUUAUUCAGCAAUUUCAUUUAAAAUUCGUUCUGAUCGCAGUCGAUUAACAAAUGUUUUAGAGAAUAUUUCAUAUCCAGUUUAUUUGAUAACAUUUCCAGCAAUAACAAUUUGUAAUAAUAAUCGAAUUAAUUGGCUUAAAAUGGACGAUGCAAUUAUUGAAUUUUUACCAAAGAAUUCAAGUAAUUCAACAAUAGAAUUAUUUAAAAGAUUUGCAGGAAAAUUAGAAAGUUUAGCAUAUGGAAAAUUUGAUGUAUUCAAUGAAUUUGAAAAUUCAUCUCUAGAAGUUUUGGAUCAUAUAACAAUGGAAAAUUUAUCAGUAUAUUUGUCACAUGAUCGUAAUGAUAUUUUCGAAACAUGUUGGAUUAUUAAUGAUUGGGUGAGUUGCAAUGAUACAUUUGGGAAACAAAAAACAGAUCAUGGAAAUUGUUAUACAUAUAAUUCAAUAUUAACUGAAAGAGGACAAUUAAGAGCUCUGUCUGAAUCAUUUUUUCCAACAAGGUAUUCAACAGAAGGUGCUGGUACUGGCCUUAAGUUACGCAUAAAUUUGAAUCCAUUAACAAAACGACCUGGAAACCAACAAGAAGAUGGAAUUCUUGUUAUAAUUCAUGUUAUAAGUGAAUGGCCAUCACAGAGUUUCUUUGUUCCAGUCAAAUCAGAACGGCAAGUUAUUUUGAAUCCCACGCUAUUUGAGGCUGAUGAAGAGAUUAAAAGAUUAUUACCAGAGACUAGACAAUGUUUCUUUGAAGAUGAAAUGAAACAUCCGAAAUUUAUUACUUUGCCAGGUCAUAAAUAUAAUUUCAAAAAUUGUAUAUCACAAUGUCGUCAGAAAUAUCUUUUACAAUAUUGUGGUUGUUCACUCGGAAUUUUUUAUCCUUUAGGUAAUUACCCAGAUUGCAGACCAUCUGACAUGAAAUGUUUGGCAAAAAAUAAUCGUGUGACGAUUACCAGAUUGACUCGCCAGGUUUUUGAUAUUACAUACCGGCAGGUUUACUACGGAGGAAUUGCUGCUUUGUUUCUGGGGUGUUCACUGAUGAGUAUUGCUGAAUUAUGUUACUACCUCGUUAUAGGGUUUUGGACAUGGAUAGAACAAAGAAGUACUCCAUUUAAUAAUGGAAAUUAUAAGAGACAGAAUCAAAAACUGAUGAAAAAUAAAUUCUGA